AUGGCUUCCGAGACGAAAGCUAACUACGAGCUCCUCGAGGAAAUCGUUAAAGGCGAGAUCGUGGACUUUCAAGCUGAACUCGAGUUCGUUUCCUUAACGAUCAAUCAUGUGGAAGCUAAAGAGAAACUCUCCAAAGCUGAGGUAAGGAUUUCACCUCUUGAUCUGUCUCUAUUGGAGCAUCUCAUGUCCGAUUCUACUCUUGGGCCCGAGACAGCUGUGGAGUUCAUUUCGUCAAUUCUCCCCUUUAAUCAAUUCGGGACCAAUGCAGGAGUUCUCUUACGCGAAAUUCGAGAGAACGAGGUCUUAGGAACCGAGGAAGAUGCUUGA